CGGCAAGAAGAAGGGUUCACCACAUAGUUCCAAAGGUCUUCCACUUGCCACCACUGCCAAAAGAAGCAAAAUGAUCGAACCCAUAGGAAAUCAGUAUGUUGUGGCCAGGCCAGUGUACUCUGCAAACACUUUUGGAGAAGAACAUAAGAAGAAACACAGACAUCAUAAGACAUUUCUGGAUCAUCUCAAAUUGUGUUGUAGCUGUUCCACACAAAAGGCCAAGAGAAUUGCCCUCUCUUUCUUCCCCAUAGCAUCUUGGUUACCAUCAUACCGAAUAAAGGAAUGGCUACUCAGUGACAUCGUUUCUGGUAUCAGCACAGGGCUGGUGGCUGUACUUCAAGGUUUAGCAUUUGCUCUGCUGGUCAACAUCCCCCCAAGAUAUGGGUUGUAUGCAGCCUUUUUCCCAGUCAUAGUCUACUUUUUUUUGGGUACUUCUAAACACAUAUCUGUAGGACCAUUUCCAGUUCUAAGUAUGAUGGUGGGAGCAGUGGUUACAAAUGUAGUCUCAGAUGCCAGUACCACGAUGGAAUCAUCUAAUAGCACAGAGAAUAAUGACUUGAUAUUGGAGCAGAAGAAACUAGUGGUGGCUACAACUGUCACGGUCCUUUCUGGAAUCAUCCAGCUGAUCCUGGGGGUUCUGCGGAUCGGAUUUGUAGUGAUUUACCUAUCUGAGUCCCUGAUCAGUGCCUUCACCACCGCUGCCGCCGUUCAUGUAUUGGUUUCCCAGCUCAAAUUCAUGUUGCAGCUGUCAGUUCCAGCACACACGGACCCAUUCUCGCUUUUCAAAGUACUAGAGUCUGUAUUCACCCAAAUAGAGAAGACUAACAUUGCAGACCUCGUGACAUCCCUGAUUAUCCUGUUUAUUGUAUUUGUGUUUAAAGAGAUAAAUCAGCGCUACAAGUCCAAACUUCCAGUGCCUAUCCCCAUCGAACUUAUCAUGACGGUGAUCGCAACAGGUGUAUCCUAUGGCUUUGACUUCGAGCACAGGUUUAACGUGUCUGUGGUUGGUCAGAUGGAUACUGGAUUUGAGCCCCCUAUUACACCCGAUGUGCAGAUUUUCCAAAACACCAUAGGAGACAGCUUUGGCAUUGCGAUUGUGGGCUUCGCAGUGGCCUUUUCUGUGGCCAGUGUCUAUUCCCUCAAGUAUGAUUAUCCAAUUGAUGGCAAUCAGGAGUUAAUUGCCUUGGGAUUGAGUAACAUAUUUACUGGAUCAUUCAGAGGCUUUGCAGGGAGUACCGCCCUCUCCAGAUCAGGGGUCCAGGAGAGUACAGGAGGCAAAACGCAGGUUGCUGGGCUCCUCUCUGCUGUCAUUGUGUUGAUUGUCAUUGUGGCCAUUGCUUUUCUUCUGGCACCACUGCAAAAGUCUGUCCUGGCAGCUUUGGCACUUGGAAACUUAAAAGGAAUGCUGAUGCAGUUUGCUGAAAUAGGCAGAUUGUGGCGAAAGGAUAAAUAUGAUUGUUUAAUUUGGAUCAUGACCUUCAUCUUUGCCAUUGUUCUGGGACUCGGGUUAGGCCUGGCGGCAAGUGUGGCAUUUCAGCUCCUCACCAUCGUGUUCAGGACCCAGUUUCCAAAAUGUAGUACACUGGCUAAUAUUGGAAGGAGCAACAUCUAUAAGGACAAAAAAGACUAUUCUGAUAUGUAUGAGCCGGAAGGAGUGAAAAUUUUCAGAUGUCCAUCUCCAAUCUACUUUGCAAACAUCGGUUUUUUUAAGCAGAAACUUAUAGAUGCUGUUGGCUUUACUCCACUUCGAAUUCUACGCAAACGCAACAAAGCUUUGAAGAAAAUUCGAAAACUGCAGAAGAGAGGCCUGCUACAAGUGACACCCAAAGGAUUUAUAUGUACUGCUGAUGGAUUCAAAGAUUCUGAUGAAGAGCUAGACAACAAUCAGAUGGAGGAACUAGAUCAGCCCAUCAAUACCACAGAUCUGCCUUUCCAGAUAGACUGGAAUGCUGAUCUUCCCCUCAACAUCAUGGUCCCCAAAAUCAGCCUCCACAGCCUUAUUCUCGAUUUUUCAGCAGUGUCCUUUCUUGAUGUUUCUUCAAUGAGGGGUCUCAAAACGAUUUUGCAAGACUUUAUCAGGAUCAAUGUGGAUGUGUAUAUUGUUGGAACUGAUGAUGAUUUCAUUGAGAAGCUUGCUCGGUGUGAAUUUUUUGAUGAUGAAGUAAAGGACUCAAUAUUUUUCUUAACAAUUCACGAUGCUGUUUUGCAUAUUUUGAUGAAGAAAGAUUAUAGUAAUUCAAAGUUUAAUUUCAAUCAGAAGAAAGAAAUGAAAUCUGAUUUUACCAUAAAUACAAAUGGAGGAUUGCGUUAUCGGGAAUAUCAGGUACCACUUGAAACAAAAUUCUAAUCAAAAUAUAAUUCAGAGGGACCCUCAUCUGGCUGUCACAUGAAGAACAACUUUAUACCCAGAAAGUUAUUGAUAAGUUCAUACAUUGUAUGAAGAAUAUUUGUAUUUGACAGAAUUAUGUUUCAAACUUUGGAACGAGAUUGUUCUAGCAUGGUAUAUUUUUCACAUAUCUAUAUAAAAUUAUGUAAAUACUCUUUAAUUUUAUACCUGUAGAUUUAUCAAAGGAAAAUUAUUUUGUAUAUAUGUAUUUUUGUAGCACUGUCAGAUUUCCAUUCAAGUGAGAACUUUCACAAUGCUUUGCAGUGUCUUUAUACCACUGCUUUGAAUCUCAUAAUUUAUACAAGUCAUGCUAAUAUUUCUCCAUUUUAAAAAAUUCAGUUGUACAGCAAAUGUGUUGUUUUAUUAAAUUUGUUAUAAGCUUUCUGAUACAUGCUUGCUGUGGGUCCUUUUUAUAGUGGUCUGAAUAGAAAACUGCUACAUGAGAAUCUUAACAAAACCCCUGUGAUGAGACUUCUCUGCACAGAUUUUAUGACUGCUCCUCCAGCUUUUUAAAAUAUCUAACCUACUAUCCAGAUUGACACAAUCCUCCUAAUGUCAUAUGUGUAACUAUAAUUAGCUUUUGAGGCAAAUCCUUAUUUUCCCCUUCUUACUAUGAAAAAUGUAUAGGCUAAUGUGGGCUAUAAAAUGACAAAGCAAGGUAAAAAGAGAGACCAUGAUGGAUAGAUAGCCAAUUUUUCCUGGCCUCAAUGGGAAGAAAACAAGUGGUAGGAAAAGGGAUGACUCUUUUCUUUUUUCACUGCUGGUCAUUGCAACUGAAAGGGCAGAAUAACAUUUCUCGAGCUCAAUUUCACUAGAGAAUGAGAUUCAGUACCCAGGCUUCUUUCUCACUGGCAUUGUUCCAAACAUCUUGUCAAUGGGAAAAGCUGUCUCAAUUGUUUUAGAUUUAUCUUUCAACAUUUAUUGUCAAAAUACUCUUUCAUCCUUUGUUAACAGUGUCUUAUACUGAGAGGGUUUGUUUACUGGAUGUAAGCCCAAAUAGAGAAAAGCAUAAUAAAGGUUAUUUACAUAGCAGAUCUUAAACUAUAAUAUCAGUACUCUUUACAGUGUUUCUUAAACAGUUUGAAUCAUGAACAUCUCAUACAGUUUUAUGCACCUUGUGGAUUUUAGGGGAAAAAAAUAUACAUACACAUGUAUGUGUGCCCUACAAACCUCAGAAUAAGAUCUUUUCCUUGAUAUAAGGUAUAGACUAGAAAUUGAAAACAGGAGUCUAUUUAAGUGAUCAUUUGACUUGAGCAGGGGACAAAUGCUUUAUAUAGGGCUGUGGCUGAAGGCUACAGUAUCUUCCCAGGAACUGAUGCC